CAUGCGCAUACCUAGGCUAGCUAGCAUGGCUGCCAUCAGCGGAGGGUGUGUGAAUGUUGUCGUGUGGCAAAGGCAGAGGAGAGACGGCGGAUACUCACCCUUUCCUCCCCACGACAGUGCCAUCAUAGAAGCUGCUUACGGCGCACAAUCGUCGUCCUGCAACGUCGGGGGGCUGAGAGUGGACUUGAAAAACAUGUUGAUGAAACAGACUAGGAGGAGCGAGUGUAAAAUCCAGCGUCAUCCAACAAGUAUUCCGGCAUCACCACCCAUUUUGGCCUACUGGACAUGGGAAGAGGGUCACACUAACUUUGCUGUCUACAGCAUUGGAGCCAUUCUAGACAUAGAACAGGCUUAUCAACAGAGACGUCCCAUUGUGGACCUGUCGCUGUGUCCGUGCAUGCUUCCUUACACUUUGGACUUUACGACAAUGACACAGAUGAGACACCAUUACCAGACACAGAGAACCAUCAAGAGAGAGCCCCUUCAUCAUGGUCAAUCACUGCAGAGCCUCUUAGCUCCUGUAUCAGUGGGUCACCCUGGAGCCCCCUUAGCCUCUGGGACUGGCAUGUUCUCCCUUGCCACUGGACCUGCCACAAACAUACUCAACUCAAUGUCAGCUGCUGCUUCUGCAGCUCAUUCAAUGAUAACCAGAUCCUCCUAUAGCCAACCGGCUACCUAUAUUCAACCCGCCCCCUCUUAUACCCAACCUGGUGGUAGUGGAGUCUCCACCACCGGGCAAACAGCCUCUGGUUCUUCAAAGACAACUGGUUCCACGGCUGCCCCUGGAAAAGGUCGUCGGGGUAAAAAGGGCGUGGCAGUGUCCUCUUCACCACCCCUGGGACGAAGGGGCAAGGAUGACUCUGGGGUGUUACAGGUACCUGAAUAUGCGGUGAUUGAAAAGACUCUGGAUAAGGACGAUGAUGGGUCGUGUCCGAUAUGCAUGUGUCAGCUAUCAGAGAAGUCGGGCUAUGAUGACGAAGGAGGAGGAGGAGGAGGGGGAGUGGAGAUGCGUCCUAUUCCCUAUGCUCCUCCGGUGGACCUCUGCAAGUUGAGGAACUGUGGCCACAUGAUGCACAGACCGUGUCUGCUCAUGAUGCUAAAGUCAGAGUCGACCAAGGUGCGAUGGGGAGAAAGUGAGAGAACACGGAGGUGGCUUGCUUUCUGUUCAUUGCAUCGAGUGCAUGCGCUUAGUCUGCACAGUUAAAGUCAUAGUCAGCCAAAGUAAGAGAUGGGGAGUGCUCAUGAUGCUAAAGUCAGAGUCGACCAAGGUGCGAUGGGGAGAAAGUGAGAGAACACGGAGGCGGCUUGCUUUCUGUUCAUUGCAUCGAGUGCAUGCGCUUAGUCUGCACAGUUAAAGUCAUAGUCAGCCAAAGUAAGAGAUGGGGAGGCGCAAGCCAUAACGUUAUAAUUUGUCCCGUACAGUCAUAUGUAGCACCCAGAUUAGGCAGACCCUACAUCGCAAAUAAAUGGGUGGACCCUGCUGUGCUGUAGUAAAUUCAUUGUCCACUCAGCUUACAAAUUUCCCAGCAUUACCUCCAUAAUUGCACUAGAACUAUCCCAUUGCCUGCCAGCAUAUAUAGUACCCCCCGGUCUAUUGGAGCAGUAACUAUCAAACACUCUCCUCCACAGAAUGGACUGACGUGUCCAACGUGUAAGAAGGUGUACGGGACAAAGACAGGUGACAUGCCGGAUGGGACGAUGGCAGUGAGACACACUCAGGGGCUCUCUCCCUGGUCACGAGGGAUCUGGUACCAUCGAGAUAGUCUACAACUUCUCUCCUGGAGUCCAUGUAUAUAUGUGUGGCCACGUUCGCAGAGACCUCGCUUGAUUGUUGACGUACAUGUGUGUACGGGGUAUGGUCAUGUACAGUCAUUUUGAGCAAAUUUUAUGCAAGUCUAGGGUGACUAGUGUUCAAGGAAAAAGUGGUAGGUGUAUAACCAUGGCCCAUAAUUAUGUACAUUGUCAACACCUCCUUUGCACUGUGUACGCCCGCAUCAGUGGGGUGCAGGGCCUACCGGAACAGUUCACCCCCAAUUCACAUGCACAGCAUGGUGGUGAGAAUCAAACACUUGUUUUUGUUGACAGAAUGGACGGCAGUACAGAACUAAUGGGUUUCCCAGGAUGUGCUAUUUACCAGACACUGAGAAGGGACAGAAAGUCCUGAGACUGCUGCAGGUUGCGUGGGAGAGAAAACUGACAUUCACUAUUGGAACAUCAGUCACCACGGGGGCCACAGACACUGUGGUCUGGAACGAGAUACACCACAAGACUGAGAGCUCCUCCAACCACUCGGGGCACGGAUACCCAGACCCCAACUACCUGGACAAUGUCCUAAUGGAGCUCUCUCUGCAGGGAGUCACAGAGUCUGACUCCUCUGAUGACAGUCUAUAGCAGACUGUAUAAUGUUACUUGAUUUUGUGUGCAACCUGCAGGUUUGCAGUAACCGAGUCUAUAUCUGUAUAUAUACCUGCCACCACUACACUGUACUGAUCGAGAGUAUGGAUGCACUACGCAUGCGCAGUCCGGCCCCUGAGGCGUAUAUACGGCGGCGCGCGAUUACGCGCGUUUGCGUGGCACAUUUUUGAAGGGA